AUGGCGGCCUGCAGGCGGUGCUGCUCGCGCCUGGGUCUCCGGCCGCUGGGCUUCGGCCCCCUCGGUCCCCUCGGCCGGCCCGGGCGGAGUCGGGCACUUACGCCUUUGCAGGUGCGAGCGCUGUGGAGCAGCACCGGGUCCCGAGCGGUGACUGUGGACCUGGGACACAGAAAAUUAGAAAUAUCCUCUGGGAAACUGGCAAGAUUUGCAGAUGGCUGUGCUGUGGUGCAGUCAGGUGAUACUGCAGUAAUGGUCACAGCAGUCAGUAAAACAAAACCUUCACCGUCCCAAUUCAUGCCGUUGGUGGUAGACUACAGACGGAAGGCUGCUGCAGCAGGUCGAAUCCCCACAAACUACCUUAAAAGGGAGAUUGGCUCUUCUGACAAAGAAAUUCUUACAAGUCGAAUAAUAGAUCGCUCAAUUCGACCCCUCUUUCCAGCUGGCUAUUUUUAUGAUACUCAGGUGCUUUGUAAUCUGCUAGCAGUAGAUGGCACCAACGAGCCUGAUAUCCUAGCAAUUAAUGGUGCUUCUGUAGCCCUCUCCUUAUCAGAUAUCCCUUGGAAUGGACCUAUUGGGGCCGUACGAUUAGGAAUGAUUGAUGGAGAAUGUGUCGUUAACCCAACAAGGAAAGAAAUGUCUUCUAGUACUUUAAAUUUAGUGGUUGCCGGAGCACCUAAAAGCCAAAUUGUCAUGUUGGAAGCCUCUGCAGAAAACAUUCUACAGCAGGACUUUUGCCAUGCUAUAAAAGUUGGGGUUAAGUAUACCCAGCAGAUAAUUCAAGGCAUCCAGCAGUUGGUCAAAGAAAUUGGUGUUGCCAAGAGGACACCCCAGAAGAUAUUUACUCCUUCCCCAGAGAUUGUGAAAUAUACCCAUAAACUCGUGAUGGAGAAACUCUAUGCAGUUUUUACGGAUUAUGAACAUGAUAAAAUUUCCAGAGAUGAAGCUGUUAACAAGAUAAGAUUAGAUACAGAGGAACAACUAAAGGAAAAAUUUCCAGAGGCUGACCAAUUUGAAAUAAUAGAAUCCUUCAAUGUUGUUGCAAAGGAGGUCUUCAGAAGUAUUAUUUUGAAUGAGUACAAAAGGUGUGACGGGCGAGAUUUGACUUCACUUAGGAAUAUAAGCUGUGAGGUAGAUUUGUUUAAAACACUUCAUGGAUCAGCAUUAUUUCAGAGAGGACAAACACAGGUACUCUGUACUGUUACAUUUGAUUCAUUAGAAUCCAGUAUUAAGUCAGAUCAAAUUAUAACAGCUAUCAAUGGGGUAAAAGAUAAAAAUUUCAUGCUGCACUAUGAGUUUCCUCCUUAUGCAACCAAUGAAAUUGGCAAAGUGACUGGUGUGAACAGAAGAGAACUUGGGCAUGGUGCUCUUGCCGAGAAAGCUCUGUGCCCUGUUCUUCCCAAAGAUUUUCCUUUUACCAUAAGAGUUACAUCUGAAGUCCUCGAAUCAAAUGGAUCAUCUUCUAUGGCAUCUGCAUGUGGUGGAAGUUUGGCAUUAAUGGAUGCAGGGGUCCCAGUUUCAUCUGCUGUUGCAGGUGUAGCGGUGGGGUUGGUUACCAGAAACAAUCCAGAGAAAGGUGAAAUAGAAGAUUAUCGUUUGCUAACAGACAUUCUGGGAAUUGAAGAUUACAAUGGUGACAUGGAUUUCAAAAUAGCCGGUACAAAUAAGGGAAUAACUGCAUUGCAGGCUGAUAUUAAAUUACCUGGAAUACCAAUUAAAAUUGUAAUGGAAGCCAUUCAACAAGCAUCAGUGGCAAAAAAGGAGAUACUACAGAUAAUGAACAAAACAAUUUCAAAACCUCGAGCAUCUAGAAAAGAAAAUGGACCGGUCAUAGAAACAGUUAAAGUUCCGUUGUCAAAACGAGCAAAAUUUGUUGGGCCUGGUGGAUAUCACUUAAAAAAACUUCAGGCUGAAACAGGUGUGACAAUUAGUCAAGUGGAUGAAGAAACCUUCUCCAUAUUUGCACCAACACCUAGUGCAAUGCAUGAGGCAAGAGACUUCAUUACCGAAAUUUGCAGAGACGAUCAAGAGCAACAAUUAGAAUUUGGAGCAGUUUAUACCGCUACAAUAACUGAAAUCAGAGACACUGGAGUAAUGGUAAAACUAUAUCCAAACAUGACUGCUGUGCUACUUCAUAACUCACAACUUGACCAACGAAAGAUUAAACAUCCCACUGCCCUAGGAUUAGAAGUUGGCCAAGAAAUUCAGGUCAAAUACUUUGGCCGUGAUCCAGCUGACGGAAGAAUGAGGCUUUCUCGUAAAGUACUUCAGUCUCCAGCUACAACUGUUGUGAAAACGCUAAAUGACAGAAGCAGCAUUGUAAUGGGAGAGCCUAUUUCCCAGUCAUCCUCUAACUCUUCCCCUUGACUCCUUUUUGAAAUGGUACUCAAUGGUGAUAGUCUGCAGAGCAAACUUUUAAUACUCCUGUUUACUAUGUAGAUUUAUAUAUAAUUUAAAUAUAAUUAU